UAGGUAAAUUUAAUUUAACAAUGACUUCCUUUUGAAGCGACUAUUUUUAAAAUUCCGUCUACAGUGUAACAGUGAUAUAGUCAACACUCAACAACCCUAUUUAUAAAUAAGGGAUACAAAGGAGCAUUUUCAAGUACCCUUUUACUUUGUAUCUAAAGUCUUUGAUCAUCUCCGCCUAAAACGCAAAAAUAUAUUAGGUUUUUUCAGAGAUCAGUUCACGAAGAUGAAGAAGAGGCAAGUCGUGAUAAAACAAAGAAAAAACUCAUACACUACGACUUCGUCUUCGAGCAACGUCCGUUACAUUGAGUGCCAGAAGAAUCACGCAGCUAAUAUCGGUGGCUACGCCGUUGACGGUUGCCGUGAGUUUAUCGCAAGCGGCGGCGAAGGAACCGAUGAUGCUUUGACGUGCGCUGCUUGUCGCUGUCACCGGAAUUUUCAUAGGAGGGAAGUUGAAACGGAGGUUGUUUGCGAGUAUUCUCCUCCGAACUGAAUCAACUAAUUAAUAAGAUGUAAAAAAUAAGGAAGAAUAUACAAGAAAAGUUAUUGGUGACUUCAGUUAAAACAAAAACUACUUUGGAGUUGCUUUGUUGAGUUUUAUAUAAGAAAUGUAUUUAUAUAUGUAAUAUGGUUAUUGAUGUAUAUUCUAAUACUUACAUUAACGCCGAUCUAAAUAAUUAAUGAUUCUUUAAUCUUGAUGUGG